GGUUACGAUACAACCUCUCACGUUAUGUCAUGGACUCUUUAUUUCCUGGGAAGAUUCCACGAAAUACAAGAGAAAGUGUAUCUAGAAUUGCAAGAAAUUUUCGAAAAUGAUAUGAAUAGAGAUAUUAAUAUCGAUGAUCUGACGAAAAUGACGUACUUGGAAUGCGUGAUUAAGGAGUCGAUGAGAAUCUAUCCUCCUUUUCCUGGUAUUGCAAGAAAAAAUUUUUCCGAAAUGAAAAUAGGUAAUUACGUGUUGCCUGCAAAUUCGACUCUUGUCAUAAAUAUCUUUGGUAUUCAUCAUAAUCCUUCUCUUUACGAAAAUCCCGAAGUUUUCGAUCCAGACCGUUUCCUAUUUGAAAACUAUAAAAAUCUUCAUCCUUAUGCAUUUCUGCCAUUUGCUGCCGGUCCGCGAAAUUGUCUCGGAAGUAAACUCGCCAUGAUUAUUAUAAAGACGGUUUUGGCAAAUGUUCUUCGAAAUUUUAAAGUUUACUCUUUGGACCCUCAAGAUAAGAUCGUUACUUCUUUUGAAAGUAUUUUGACCCCAAUAUCAAAUAUAACAAUGUUUGUUGAAAAAAGACGUAUGUUGUAAGAAAUGAAAUAACAUAAACGUUGGGGUAAUUUUUAUUAAAAAUAUAUAUAAACAUAACGCUAUAUCAUAUAAUCUAGACGAGUGCAUUUAAAAACUGUAUCGAAAUUUAUUCAUAAAUUGUAAUUUAUGAAUGGGAAUAAAUUGUAUUAAGAUUAUUGUUAUUAAAUCUGCU